UCGCGUCUUAUAAUUAUUUCAAAUAAUUUCUAAUUGUACAUUUCAUUAUAAUUAAUUUUUAACUAAGUUCAAGUUAAAAAUCUGCAAUUAAAGUAAAGUAAUAAUGGAAUCCAUACAAAAUAAAACCGACGCUAUGGAAUUAUUGCGCUAUGCAAUUGAGUUAGAAUAUACCGGAGAUAUUAAAAAAGCCAUAGAGUUUUAUCAAAAGGCCAUAAAUGAAUUUAUUAAAGAAAUGGAAAAACAACCGACGGAGGCUCUUUAUGGUCUUUACUUUAAUUUUGUUUUGAAAUAUAUUGAUAGGAUUCAAGAUCUAAAGAACAAAUUUCCAGAAAUAGUUAAGGAACCCACUCUUGAAGAAGAUUCUUCAAAGGCCUUAAAUUGCACCAUGGAUCAGAAGGAGAUAAAGGACAACGACGAACCGUCUGGUGAGACUCAAAAAGACACUGUUACUGAUAACAGUAAUGGGGACUAUGCCGGUUUAACAGAUUCCACAAUUGACGAAGACUAUACCGGAGGAGAUGGUAUUACAUCUGUUGAACAUCGCUCUUAAAUUCCUGAACAGCCUUUACUGACAAAUUGUCAACAAAAAAACAAAAAAAUUGUUAAUUAAAAUGAUACAUUCAAAUUUAUUUAAUAUAUAUGAUGGAGGACUUACUUUUUAGCUUCAAUAACUGGAAGUUAUGGAAACUCAAUAGGAAUCAAAAAAAAAACCUCAAAAAACCAAAAAAAAAUAUGAACAAAAAGAAAAAAACGAAACAAAAAAAAAGAAAUUAAUAAAUAAAAAAAAAAUUGUACUAUUGAAACAAUUCAAUCAAAUCAAUAAAAUGAAAACAU